CAGAACUGUAGUGCAUUUCAUCAUCUUGUCCCCCCCCACCACCAUGGUCAGCACCAUGAACAGAAUCAAGAACAAACUACGCAGUAGUCGUCUGCACAAAAAGGAGGGCGCGUGGGCGCUGGACGAGGACUCUCUGCGUCUCAAGCAGACACAAGACGACGACCCGGUGCGCUUCGACCGCAGCACCACUCUGGCGGACACGGUCAAUGUGACGGACGACGUAGAGGAAAUGUUUUACGGCCGCAGCACCUCUAAUACCUCGUCAGACAUGCCGCAAUAUCGCACGACGGAGCAGCUUCGCGGCAAUAACAUAACACUCUCAGCAUUACACGAAGACGUUGAGGCCAGUAACGUGAGCAAUGUCAGCAGUAGCUUCUCGCAAUUCUCAGCCACGACGCCCAGCAAUUACGCAGCCUCCACUCCAGGUAAGUUCACCAGUACCCACCAAGGGCUUAACACGGCACAGACCACAACGGGUAUGUCUCGAGCUGUAAGUGGAGACUUUGAACUGGAACGUCUUCGCUCUGAGGUGUUAGAGGUCAAGGAGGAGGUGAAGGCUAUCCGACGAGAAGUCAUGAACGAGCUGCACGUGACUCGCUACGACGUUCUCAAGGAGUUGGCGCUUCUCAAGGGCGCCAUCGCUCAGUUGACUGCAACGCAGCACAUUGCACCCGCAUCUGUGUCGUCCACAGAGAGCUCGUCAUCAGACCCAUUGUCACCUGACGAACGUGCGGCUCUGACCCGUCAGACGUCCACCAAGACGUCGCAAGCCACACGUGAUCGCCUCGCUGCGUCUCGUACCAAUAUCCACAAGACUCCCCCGCCUGCAGCUCGAGCCAGUGUGAGACUGACACAACUGGCCCCAGUGGCGGACAAUGCGCUGUCGACGCCAUUGAACCCGCAGCAGAUCAACGAGAUGUUCCCACUCAUCGACUCCACGUCGGAGCUCGCCGCUCACGCUCGUGGGCUGACUCCAGGCACACGUACGUGGGCCCUGACCCGCGUGGAAGAGUGGCUGGAUGCUCGAUAUAACUUGGGCAACGACACUCUCCUGGCUGUUGUCGGAGAGGGAGGCACAGGCAAAAGCACCUUCUGUGGUACAGUGGCUCAGCAAUUCCGUGGGAAUCUAUUGGCUGCUCAUUGCUGUCAGUUCGACCGUAAGAGUAAGAGCAGUCCCAGGAAUGUGCUGCUGUCAAUGGUGCAUCAGCUUGUGGACAGCUUACCGUCGUUCAAAAACCAGCUGGCCAGACUCAACCUCAAGUAUGUACUGGAAGAAGCAGACCCAUUCCUACUGGCAGGCAAAGUUCUGGUGGACCCAUUAAAUGCUGUGGAGGAGCCAAUGCACGCGACUUUCAUCCUGGUGGACGGAAUUGACCAGUGCGCGGUUGGAUCGAACGGCCGCAAUGAGCUGCUCGAGUUGUUCGCUCAGGUAAUUCCUCAGCUCCCGUCCUGGGUCGGAUUCCUCGUGUCGUCCAAGCCAUCGUCCAAGUUGGCCAAGCGACUUCCUGUGUCGUCGGUCUUGGACUUCAGCGCCAAGAAUGGAGCUUUUGUGGCGGAUGCGUCUUCACUUGUCGAUGACAUCGCUCGAAACUUUAGUGAUGAUGACGCUGCGGAGGCCAAGAAGGUGUUGAAGAAGAAGAGUGGUGGUAACUUUGCAUAUUUGGAAUUCACCAAGCAGGCUCUGUCGCAUCCGGGCAUAGCAGCGGCAAGCAAAGAAGGUGCAGUACCACUCGAGGUUCUCCACGAGUUGCCGGAGACGCUGUACGACAUCUACGCAGAGAUCUUUGAGGACAAGUUCGGUCAGGGUCGCGCACGCGUGUGGGGAAAGGCUAAGCCACUGCUACAGUUGGUUGUUGGAGCAGCAGCAGGUCCGUACUCGCCAGUGACAGAGGAGCAGGCCAAGGAGCAUUUCAACCUCACAACUGAAGACCUGCGAAUGCUUCGUCGAUCUUUCGUUGACCUUGUGUCUGUAAAGCAUGGCUCUUACCGUAUUGAGAGCUCUGCGUUGUGUGCGUGGUUAAGUGAUCCUGCUCGGUCUGAAGAGCAGUUUUACUUCAGUGUCGACGAUGCGCUACUGGCUCUGCGUAAGAUUCGUCGAGUUGGUUCCAGCAGCUCCAGUAGCGGCCACUCUGGAAACUCGUCGGACGGUAAAGCCGCCAAGAACGGUCACGCGUCGUCCCGACCAAGCAACCGAGUGAAAACUUCCAGUAAAACGCACCAGCGAGCUCACACACGUUACGAACCGCGCACCAGCCCGGACUACAAACCCGUGGGCAUUCUCAAGCGCAACAAGUUGUAGAUCAAAUCUCUGUAGGGCUGUUGUGGACUUUUGACCAAAAAUAAGUAUUCGAUGUUUG